AUGUCGCCUGCAACGCGCAACCUUCCGUUUCUGUUUGGCCGCCAAGAAUCCAGUCGUCGGGCAGCUGCAAGCACGGGAGUCGCGCCCACAGCGAACGCAGCGACCGUUGUGACUGCGGCCCCCAAAGUCGCAGGCGCAGGUGCAUCACCACUUACGCUUUCAUCCCAAGAUUUAGCCAACAUCCACAACAUCGAUAUCAUUCCUCAUCCUCCUCACCCUCGCCCUCUGCGCAAAUCUCUCGACCUCGCUCUACAAACUUCUGCGAGAACCAGUAUCGAAUCCACCCGUUCCGAUCUACUUCAGGAUCCUGUUCCGCUGACCUUUGCCCCAACCAUGGCGGCAGCACCGGGGGGAUAUUCAAUUAACGUGAACGACCCGACCCUCAUUUCUCUUGUCAACAAACUACAAGAUGUCUUCACAACCGUCGGGGUCCAAAAUCCCAUCGAUCUACCUCAGAUUGUCGUUGUGGGUUCGCAAUCCAGCGGCAAAAGUUCAGUCCUGGAGAACAUAGUGGGAAGAGACUUUCUGCCUCGAGGGUCCGGAAUCGUGACUCGCCGCCCUCUCGUGCUACAAUUGAUCAACAGACCGGUCCCGACCAAACUACAAACAAAUGGCGUCACCGAGGAAGACAUGAAAAAGACUACCGACAGUCAAGCCAAUGUGGAUGAAUGGGGAGAGUUUCUUCACCUACCUGGGCAGAAAUUCCAUGAUUUCAAUAAAAUCCGGGAUGAAAUAGUCAAGGAAACAGAGGCAAAGGCAGGCCGAAACGUGGGCAUUUCGCCGCAACCCAUCAACUUGCGGAUAUACUCGCCCAACGUCCUCACCCUCACCUUGGUCGACUUACCUGGUUUGACAAAGGUGCCCGUGGGAGAUCAGCCGAGAGAUAUUGAGAAGCAGAUCAAGGAGAUGGUGCUCAAGCAAAUACAAAAACCCAACGCCAUCAUCCUGGCAGUCACGGCUGCGAACGUUGAUCUGGCCAAUUCAGACGGUCUCAAACUUGCCCGAGAAGUCGAUCCCGAAGGCCAGAGAACGAUUGGUGUCCUGACCAAGAUAGAUCUCAUGGAUGCCGGGACCGACGUGGUCGACAUUCUUGCCGGCCGAAUCAUCCCGCUCCGGCUGGGCUACGUCCCUGUCGUCAACCGAGGCCAACGCGACAUUGAGAACAAGAAGCGAAUAGAUCUAGCCUUGAAAGCGGAAAAGGAAUUCUUCGAAAACCAUCCCUCUUACCGAAACAAGGCCUCAUACUGCGGUACUCCGUACCUGGCCCGGAAACUCAACCUCAUCCUGAUGAUGCACAUCAAGCAGACACUACCGGACAUCAAGACCCGCAUUGCGAGCUCUUUGCAGAAAUAUAGCCAAGAACUGGAGCAGCUGGGUGCUGGGGACCUGCUGGGGAACAACAGCUCCAAUAUCAUUCUCAACAUCAUUACCGAAUUCGCCAACGAAUACCGUACCGUUCUCGACGGAAAUAGUGCCGAACUGUCCAGCAACGAGCUCUCGGGUGGUGCCAGAAUUUCUUUUGUCUACCACGAGCUGUAUUCGAAUGGUAUCAAGGCGAUCGAUCCGUUCGACCAGGUCAAGGAUAUCGACAUUCGCACCAUACUUUACAACUCGUCUGGCUCAUCGCCCGCUCUCUUCGUCGGCACUACUGCAUUUGAACUCAUCGUGAAGCAACAAAUUCGACGGUUAGAAGAACCGUCGUUGAAAUGUGUUUCUCUGGUGUACGACGAACUGGUCCGUAUUUUGAGUCAACUAUUGCAGAAACAGUUGUUCCGGAGAUAUCCUCAACUCAAAGAAAAAUUCCACGGCGUUGUCAUCAGCUUCUUCCGUAAAUCAAUGGAGCCGACGAACAAGUUGGUCAAAGAUCUGGUGGCAAUGGAAGCUUGCUACAUCAACACCGGCCAUCCCGACUUCCUCAAUGGCCAUCGUGCCAUGGCGAUCGUGAAUGACAGACACAAUGCCAACAAGCCGACUCAAGUCGACCCCAAAACAGGUAAACCCCUGCCACCACAGGUGCCGCCUCGGUCAGCAUCCCCCAGCCUGCCCACUGAUGGCUCGGACCAAAACUCCGGUUUCUUUGGGUCGUUCUUCGCCAGUAAGAAUAAGAAGAAGAUGGCUGCCAUGGAACCGCCCCCAGCAACGCUCAAGGCCAGUGGAACGUUAUCCGAGCGUGAGAACCAAGAAGUGGAGGUCAUCAAGCUGUUGAUCAACAGCUACUUCAACAUUGUUCGGAGGACAAUGAUCGACAUGGUACCGAAAGCAAUCAUGCUUACACUGGUACAGUUUACCAAAGACGAAAUGCAGCGAGAAUUGCUUGAACAACUCUACCGAGCGCAGGAACUCGACGAGCUUCUGAAGGAGAGCGAUUACACUAUCAGACGACGCAAAGAGUGUCUGCAAAUGGUGGAAAGUCUGAGCAAAGCCAGCGAGAUUGUCAGCCAGGUGCAGUAG